AUGAAUUCAUUUAGCGCCAAUGAAAAUGUGCUAGAGACUUGUGAAAACCACAUUACGAAUAUGUGGAAGUUAUUACAAAAGGAUUAUGAAGAACUAUGCGGAAUAUCGUACUUAACAGAUUAUAAAGCGGAAGUGGAAGAGUUAGAAGAUCAAGUAUUUGACAUAGUGUAUAUGUUAAAAAGAGCAAAAAUUUUCAUAAGAUAUGAAAAGCAUAAACAGCAACUACCAAAGAAAGUUGAUGUUAAGCCUGCUUUCGGAGAGACACAUCCAAGUUUGUUUGAUAAAACGUCUACGACCAAAACUGGAUUCAUUCCCGGUCAGAGUUUCACUGACAAAAGUGGAGGACGUACCUUCAGCACCGCUACCACAUUUGUGUCCAAUAUUAAUGAUGGAAACAUGUCGCUUGGGAGACAUGCCGAUAACGAACAACCGACAUUUCAACAACAAACAUUGCCGAAAUUUAAAGCAGCAGCUCAACAGUUGGAAAAAAGUACAAAAACGGUUGCAGCUUUGAAGGACACAAGAACAUCCAAGGGGGGUGGAUCCAGCAGCAGUAAGGACGAACGCAAAUGCAGCAAGUCUGAUGACGAUAAAUCAAAGAGAAAAGAUGAGAAGUCCGGCGACAAAAAGGAUAAAGACAUUAGUGAACAAAAAUCAUCUUCAAACAAGACUUCGCAGAAGGAUGACAAAGAAAAGUCUUCAGUAAAUACAUCUACAAAAUCGUCGUCCACAGGAAAGCAGACAACACUUUCACGUAAUCUUUGGGUAUCCGGGUUAUCUUCAUUAACGAGAGCCAGUGAUCUGAAAACUAUAUUUUCUAAAUAUGGAAAAGUUAUCGGAGCCAAGGUGGUCACCAACACCCGAACUCCGGGUACACGUUGUUAUGGCUACGUAACAAUGUCAUCAACGUCGGAUGCCAGUCGUUGCAUUGAGCAUUUGCAUCAUACCGAACUCCAUGGACGAAUAAUAUCAGUAGAGCACACUAAAAACGAAAUCGGCAGCUCAACAAGUGUCGCCAAAACGCGUGAGGAUACAACAAAAAAAGAAUGA